AUGGGUCUCAAGCAAGAGAAGCUUCGCUCCAAUAGGGCAGCGCAGAGUAACAAGACAGCGCGUAGCGAUAUCGAGAUGAUCGCCACGAUGGCGUACAUCAUCAGAAAUUGGGAGACAUACGGAAAUGAGUUACUGAAGAAGUUCAACGAUCAACAUUAUCUCCUAGCGGCUCUCAAAGGUCUCAGAAAUGGUGUCGUAUGGAGCCCGAAUUCGUGCCCCGCCCCGCAUGCGCUUGUGAUGGUAUUCCUUUUCGGCGAAGGA